CGCGGCUGGAUGUAUCAAGAGAGCAAUCAAGGCAUUGAAUUCAAUGAGAUGAUCUGCUAGAGAUUUAUUUGGGGAUGAAGAGGUUUGGGCCUUCCCCUAAUGCCGCGACAUUCAACACCAUGAUGAACGGGCUGGUUUCAUCAGGGAGGGUGAGAGAUGCCAUUCGGAUAGCAGAGGAUAUGGGUGAAGUUGGAUUCUUACCUUCAUUUAGUAUGUUGUCCAAGUUGUUGAAGAAAUCUUUUGAUUUCGGUAGCUUGGAGGAUUCGUUUGGUGUUUUUGAGUUUAUGUUGAAGCUGGGAUUUGUUCCCACCCAGCCAUGUUUGAUGAAGUUAUUUGUUGCUCUUUGUGAAGAAGAUUCAAAGGUUCCUUCAGAAACAGCAGCUUCUCGUGUUCUUUCUGUUCUUAUAAACAAAGAGGAUUGUUUCCGAGAUUCGCACGACUUUAAUCCCAUAUUAUGGGCAUUGUGCAAGUCUAAUCAUAUCGAUAAUGCUUUAGCAUUUCUUUGCUUUUUGAAAAAGAAGGGAUUUGAGUGUGACGUGUACUCGUACACUGCAUUAGUUUAUGGGUUUUGUAGGAAGAGGUCAUGGAAGGAAGCAUAUGAGUGCUUGGAUAAGAUGGAAGCUGAAGGACACAAUCCUAAUGUGAUAACAUAUACUAUAGUUAUUAAGUCCCUCUCUGAUAAUGAGAAAAUUAAGGAAUCGUUAUACCUCUUGAAGGUGAUGGAAGAAAAAAAGGGAUGUAGUCCAGACAUGGUUACAUAUAAUGUCAUAUUAUGGGCACUUUGCAAACACAAGAGGCAUCGUUUCAAUGUAGGAAAGCUUUUCCAAGUAAUAGACCGAAAAGGAUUAACUCCUGACAAAUAUACUUAUGCUGCUAUUGCGGUCGGCUUGUUGAAAAGGGCUGUAAUAAAACAAAAGAAGCUCUCUUUGCAUUGGAUAGCAUGAUUAGAACAGGCAUUAAACCGACCAUCGUGUCCUACAACACAAUAUUGAUAGGAAUAUGCAAUGAGAAACACAUUCACGAAGCUAUGGAAAUUUUUGACCAGAUAGGCUGGCCUGCUGAUUUGGUGUCUUUCAAUAUACUGUUGGCUGCUGCAUGUGAACAAGGAGAUUCUACAGUAAUAGAAAGGAUCCUAUACAGAAUGGAACAUGAAGGGUUUGAACUUGAUGUGGCAUAUGCGUAGACUUUGUAAAGAAGUCAACAGCUCUUCUUAUGAUCUCAAACUGAGGGAUGGUUGAAAAAGAUAGAAAAUCUUAAAGGCAUGAUCCCAAUUGGCGUAGCUAUUGAUAGACCUGGCAGUUGUAGAGUGUCUAAGGCCUAAAGUAGCAGGAAAGGACCUUUGGGCCAUUUGACCUACCCUUGAAAAGAGCUCUUCCCUAAGUGACCUACAAACUUUAGGCUGGGUGUCCUUCAAUAUCUCAGGCUCAGGGCGGUGUAGGCCACAAAAAUCUGGUACGCCCACGCCCCAUAUAUGGGAUUCAAGUUGUGGAAUACCAACUGCAAGGCCAAAGGUGCUUGCUGAAUGUUGAAAAUACUUCAGUUGGGUGGUUUGUCAGCUAAGUGAAGGG